CUAACUGUACGUCGCUGUCAGAGCACUGUAGCGUUUCAGGACAGUGACAAGGAGACCCGAAAGGAAGAAAACCAUCACGAACUUAAACCCAAACACCGAGCCGAGGCUUCUUGUUAUCGUUGCUGUUAUUGUUCCACCUCUGUCUCUAUCAUGAAAGCCAUCAGUCCCGUCCGCUCGGUGAGGAGCUGCUACAAGGCCGUGUGCUGUAUUUCGGAGCAGAGUCUCGCCAUCAGCCGGAAUAAACACUCGUGUCUGGAGGAGCCGGUGAGCGCCCUGUGCGACAUGAACGACUGCUACUCCAAGCUGAAGGAGCUGGUGCCCAGCAUCCCGCAGAACGAGUCGGUCAGCCAGAUGGAGAUCCUGCAGCACGUCAUCGACUACAUCUUCGACCUGCAGAUCGCGCUGGAGGCGGAGGACGCGGCCGCGCCGGAGGUGGUUCUGUCAAUAAAGACUGCGGACCUUACUCGCAAUUUCUCCAAAGAAGAAGGGCGGUUGUGCCAUUAGGAUGACGAUGACAUAUUAUGGUGCAGGGAAACACAUGUCUCCACUUCACUCCGGGCAAGAGGACAAGAGGGGCAGAAAGGGUGGGAUAGGUAUUUGGAAGAGAAGGAGAAGAAGAAGGAGGAGGAGGAGGAGGGAGGUGGAGGGUUUAAAGAAAGAAAAGACAAGAAAAAAGUGGACCCGUUUCCUAGAUGAGUGGGGAUCAACAGUAGUGCAUGAGCAAGAAAACAGAGACUCAUUCUUUGGCCCCCGAACAGACAAAUCAACACACCAAAGCAGAAGCCAGGACUGGAAACUGAAAGCGACCGGCUUUAUAUGCCCUCCUCCAAAAACCUGGGAUCCCCUGUAGGUAGAAGUAGAAAUAUUGGUACAUUGUUCUUUUAUUUCCCCUUUUCUUGUGUGUGUGUGCAUGUUGCAUUCCAAACAAACUUUUUUUUUCAUGGGUUGAACUCCACACCCAGCCUGAACCCUUUCCACACCGAGUCUCACAUCAUCUCACUUAAUUACCCCUGCAUUACCUCCCCACCUAAUCUGGUGUCUAAAGAUCUGACUGUUACAGCUUCAUCCGAAUGUGUACAUAUCUGCUGUGGGUAUGUGAGGCGUGACUCAAGUUGGAUGUCGGUAUUUUUUUCUGAAUGGGAGUUUGGGUUUUCUUAGGUAUAAUCAGAACUCUAUACUAGAGUUGAUUGUAAAUGUUUGUAGGGAUUGUGUUAUUUCUACAGACAAUGUGCUGUGAGUUUCAUAAACUCUUUAUUAUAAAGUGUGGUUUGUAUGUAUGUAUGUUCUUAUGUAAUGAAAUAAAAAAAAAGAGAUGUGAAACAA